AUGGAGCAGCCUGUCAGUGAGCCCUUGUCCGGGGAAAACGGGCGUCCUUUAGCCGAAGUGCAGAGACAAGUGAGCGACCAGCUGGAUCGUGAGUUGCGCCAAGACAAAAUCAAUGAACACGACCAGAGCUUGUACCGUCAGCAGACCGUCUCGCUCAGUAUCUCGCCGAACUACGUGAAGCAGUGGGACACCACUGCCGCAUUUCGAGAACUGUAUCAGAACUGGAAAGACGCGAUCCUGGAAAGGUUUCAGGUCGAGCGUCGGGAUUUCCAGCCAUGUUACGAAAACAAACGCGACUGUAUAUCCAUCAUUGUACCGGACGCUUCCGGACCGCAUGGACGCGGCCAAGCUUUGGGGUUUAUUAAGUAUGAGAAGAAAGCAGAACGUGUGAUUCUGGCAAAUUCCUGCGCUUCGCUUCGGCCUGACGACCUUCAGUUUAGACAAACAUCCAAGGAGGGGAGCCACUAUCUCGCCGGAUGCCGUGGAGAAGGACUCAAGUUAGCUGCCAUGGUGAUGUCUCGGAACGGCUAUAAAGUGCACAUAGCUGCCGGUGGCUGCGACUGGAGCUUCCGAGCACCAGGGCCCUCGCGGUCCCAAUUUUCCUGUGUGAUUCGCCCAUCUAGAAACGCUACCUCCAGCCUCCACACGGACCCAACCAGCGACAUAGCGCAAUUACGCUCGCAUAUCGAGAGGGACGUCACGAUCACGAUUGGUCCAGAACGCAACAGGAAGCGGGACAAAAUCUCCUUGGAGCUGUUCAAGAAGUGGCUGGGGGCGACUCUUGAUAUUCGCGGGUUCUCUUACCCUUCACACAUCAUUGAAACUAAAGCGGGAGACAUCAUUCUCGACGCAUCUUUCCACGGUAAAGUGUUCUACAAAGGAAUGCUUCUAUCAGGGCCGGUCUCCGAGACCGAGUCGUUUAGGCUUGGAUAUAAUUUCUUAGCCGGUACGGUCAAUCGCGACCGGCAGAGAUUGGUUGACAAGCAGGAAGAAGCCAAUAUAGUCCGGCGGAUAUAG